CCCUUCUCACACUCACACAAGGCCCUCGGAUUACAGAGAGAGAGAGAAGUGGGCUGCUUCAUUUUUCAUUUGUCUUCACUGAUUGUGAGUUGUUGCGCCCAAAGCCAUGACUGUGGAGAGUGUUGAGGCCGUUGAGGUUAAGGCUGCAGACACCCAAAUGACUGAGGUUUCUGUUUCUCUUCCAGAGGAGGAGAAAGCUGUGGAGAAAGUUAAUGAAGCCAAGCCCAAAACAGUUGAGAAGAGCUCCUCCUAUAGGGAAGAGAGCAAUUUCCUCUCUGAUCUCAAGGACAAUGAGAAUAAGGCGCUGAUCGAGUUGAGAUCCAAACUCGAAGAAGCCAUCCUUGGAAACACUCUCUUCAAGAAGGAGGAGCUCAAGAAAGAGACUGCAAGUGAAUCCAAGGAGGAACAGUCUGCCGCCGCUGAGGAGAAAGAGAAGGAGCCCGAAGCCACCGAUGACGCAGCCCCAGAAGAAGCUGAACCGAAGACAGAAGGAGAAGACAAGCAAAGCAGCAGCGAAGUGGAGAAACCGGAGGAGGUGGUGGAUCGGGAUAUCACCCUGUGGGGUGUGCCCCUUUUGCCCAGUAAGUGCGCCGAGGGAAACGAUGUAAUCCUCCUGAAGUUCCUGAGGGCGAGGGAGUUUAAGGUGAACGAGGCCUUUGAGAUGCUGAAGAAAACUCUAGAGUGGAGGAAGGAGUUCAAGACGGAUUCCAUCCUGGAGGAAGAGUUGGGACAAGACAUCAGUUCGGUUGCAUACAUGAAUGGAGUUGAUCGCGAGGGUCACCCCAUCUGUUACAACAUCUAUGGGGUGCUUGAAAAUCAAGAGCUGUAUCAAAAGACUUUUGGGACUGAGGAGAAGCGCAACCAGUUCUUGAGAUGGAGGAUCCAGCUGAUGGAGAAGGGAAUCCAGAAGCUCGAUUUCAAGCCUGGCGGUGUCACCUCUUUGCUCCAAAUCAAUGAUCUCAGCAACUCCCCAGGACCCUCCAAGAAGGAGAUCCGGAUCGCCACAAAGCAAGCUGUUGGCCUUCUGCAGGACAAUUACCCAGAAUUUGUCGCAAGAAAUAUCUUCAUAAAUGUUCCUUUCUGGUACUAUGCCUUGAACGCCCUCUUAUCCCCUUUCUUGACACAAAGGACCAAGAGCAAAUUCGUCUUUGUUCGCCCAUCCAAAGUCACUGAAACACUUCUCAAGUACAUCUGUGUGGAGGAAAUCCCGGUCCAGUACGGUGGGCUCAAGAGGGAGAAAGACACCGAAUUCUCCAUUGAAGAUGGUGGAGUUACAGAACUCGUUGUCAAGGCUGGAUCAACUGAAACAAUCGAGAUACCUGUCCCCGAGGUUGGAACCACAUUGGUAUGGGAUCUGACUGUAUUGGGUUGGGAAGUGAAUUACAAGGAGGAAUUCGUGCCGGCGGACGAGGGAUCUUACACCAUCAUCAUCCAGAAGGGGAAGAAGAUGGGGUCACAGGAGGAGCCUGUUCGCAACUCUUUCCGCAACAAUGAACCAGGGAAGGUUGUGCUGACCAUUGAGAACAGUGUGAGCAAGAAGAAGAGGAUUUUCUACAGAUACAAGACCAAGAACUGCUCCUCCUUCUGAGAAAGAUAAAUAAUGUAUCAUUGAAAAUUGGGAGGGAUUGAGGGAUGGAUACAGGAAUUGAAACUUCUUUCAUUCUUUUAGCAGGAUGAGUAUGAUCCUGUGAUAUGAUUUAUUUGAUUUGAACACUUUGGUUUUGGAUUUAUUAAUAUGUUUGAAGUUUAUUACAUGAGUUCUUUUCCCCUAUGUUGAUAAGAUCAGUUUAUUAAUUUCCAUGAUGAUUCAA